UCAAACUGUCAGUGAAAAAAAAAAUUGCUUUGGAGCAUUGUUAUCCGACUGCAAAAGGGUCGCUUUUUUAAUUAAUAAAGUUUUGAUUAAACAUAAAAAAUGGCUUUUCUUCAAUUUAAACAUAUAUCAAUUUGUAUAUGUAUAACUUUCUGCUGUGUUAUUUUUGUUAAUAAUAAUCUUGGUGUUGUUGCGGAAAAAGAAAUUCCUGACACAAAGUUUGGUCUAAAUGUUGGCGGACCUGUGAUGACAUUUUCAUAUUGUUAUUCAUGCGGUUAUCGGAAGGCAUUCGAGGACUAUUUAAAUUUGUUAUCAGAGAAAUACCCGCAAAUAACAGUGACCGGUUCACAUUAUGAUCCUCCUGGCGUUAACAUGUACAUUACCAAAAUUAUUUUUGUAUUAAAAAUAUUUUUCAUCGUUGUGAUUGUUUCAUCGUACGAUAUAUUUGGUGCCAUGGGUCAACAACCACCGGCAUGGUGGCGCCAUUUGUUGGAUAACAAAAUGUUCGCUUGCCUUAUGAUAUUUUUUGUUGGCAACAUGUUGGAGAGCCAGCUUGUCGCAUCUGGUGCCUUUGAAAUAACACUUAAUAAUGUUCCUAUUUGGUCAAAGUUGCAAACUGGACGCAUUCCAGCACCACAAGAGCUUUUCCAAAUAAUUGAUAAUCAAUUGUUAUUUACAGACACUCCUCAAGAUAAUCCUGAUUUUGUUAAAUAAUAGACAAGAAAAAAAUGUAAAAAAACUCAAAUUCUAAUUAGUUGAAAUCUUUGUAAAAUUCUUUAAAGCGAUUUUAAUAAAUAAAAGAUAUUCUACUUUGAGGGGUUAUGGUACUACGAUUUCUUGCAUAUUUGAUUAAGUUGUUACCAUACAAUAUGAUUUUUAAUGUACUUUCUUUUGUGUGUAAAUGUUCGAAUGUUUUUAUAAAUGGAACAAAUUAGUUAAACAAAUUUAAUAUAAUAUAAAGACUUAAUACAAUAGAAAAUAAUAACAGUAGCCAACAUUUAUAAUGAUUUUAAAAAGGGAAAUAUGAGUAAAAAUAACUAUGAUAUACAUUAAAUAAAUUUAAAGUAAAGCCACGAU